AUGGCUGAUAUCGCCACGGUUGUGGCGGAGCUGGUGCGGACGGAGGGGGAAUGGGAAUGGGACCCCGUCAGGAAUGGAGUCGUGUAUACGGCGGGCGAGAGGAUCAGUCAGGAGGAGGAAGAGGCAGACGAAGAGGAAGAGAGCGAGGUCGAGGUCGAGGUGCAAAGGCAGCUGCUUACCGUGCCGAUGGUGGAGGACGCAUUGAGGGGAGAGGCCGGAUGA